AUGAUCAUUAGAAAUAACGGUGUCGUUCGAGAAGUGAUCGGAUUGGGGCUCAAGCCAUUACCCAAGAUCUUCAAGAAAGCGGGCGAAAGACAUUUCCAGGGCUCUCAUUUUGUAAUAUUAUUUGACUCCUCUAGUGCUGUCCAGCGUGAAAUCCUCAGAUCACUUAAAAACGAUCCAAGAGUCAUCAGAUCGUUUUUGACUAAAGUGGACGAUUCCAAUGAUUACAAUGCUGGCUCUUCAGUGACAAGGGCCAUCAAGGCUAUAAAAGAACACGGGUAUGAGAAAUCGAUACCACUAUAG